AUGCAGCUACGAUGGCCCUACCCAGAGCCGCCCAGAGUCGGAGCCUGGGGCCCAGUCACAUCCAACCACAAUUUCUGUGAAGAGGAUUACAACAUCACGACGUACAUUGCCGAGUUUGUGAACACAUUGACAAAUGCAACUUACGUCAUCUACGGUGUCCACGGCCUCCGCAGAAUCCAGCGUAAACACGACAGUGGCCUUUUCUCCACGCUAACGUUCCCCUACUGGGGCCUCAUUGGCGUUGGCCUCCUAUCAGCCUGGUUCCACGCCACCCUGAAAUACCACAGCCAGAUGGGCGACGACCUAAGCAUGUUCCUGGCCGUCGGCGCGAUCCUGCACCAACUCCUCUGUUUCCAAGCAACGCCCGCCCAGCGCCGCACCUACACGCUCGCCAUCCUCGGCACCGUGGUCCCAAUCUCCAUCUACCACUGCUGGGCGGACGAAAUCUACGUGCACGAAAUCACGUUUGCUUUCAUGAUCUUCCUUGUCUCACGGCAGACCAGAGCGCUCAUCAAGAAGCAAGUCAAGAGCGAAGAGAGUAGGAAGAAGCUAGGUCGGAUGGCUACGUUUGGCAUUUCCUCGGGCUUGUUUGGCUACUUCCUUUGGAAUAUUGACUUUCAUCUCUGCGGCUACGUCACUGCCUUCAAGCACUAUAUUGGGCUUCCGUGGGGCUUUCUCUUCGAGCUGCAUGGCUGGUGGCAUAUUUUGACGGGCACUGGCGCGUAUGUAGGCAUGGCACUUGUCGAGUAUCUGGUCACCAUUGAGGAGGGUACGACAGGACGGUUGGAAGAGGGGUUCGUGUGGCCUGUCAAAGCAGUACUUAGAGAUCUGGAUGGCGUGGAGAGGAGGGAGGUGAAGAAAGGCCAGUAG